GUUAGGGCAUGGACAACAUGUUCAUUCCAGAAUAAAAAAUGUACUCGUUCACUCUACAGUGGUUUCACAGUUGUUUAAGUGCACCAGUUUAGUUUUUUUGCACACAUCAAAAGUUCAAGUCUUUUGACAUCAGUAUCUUGAUACCGUGGUAUAUUUCGCUAUGGAGGGAUAUGAUUCCAGAAAGCCUCCCAGUGUCCGUGUGACCGUCUUAGAAGAUCCCAACAGUAGCCUUCAAGAACUUUUCAAUCCUGUUUCUCAAAGGCAGCAAGUCCCUUUGCAUCAACGUAAGCUGCCUAAAUCCUUUUUCGUUCCUCCUGGUGAUGCAAACGAAACUUCUCGUUUUUCAAAAUUAAACUCCCUACAUUGUAAUGAAAGGAAUUCUUCAGAUUUCGUUGUAUUUCACAGCAAAGCUAAUUCGUCUCCGGCAUGCUUAGAUGCUGCUCUACGUACACCAGUUUCCGUAAAUGCACCUAAUCACGCGCAUCAAAAAAGUCUGGAUGUUGCAUCAAAAUAUAUUUCCGAAUUUAGCCCGGACUUCAGCUUCUCAGAUUCUUGCAGUCCUGGGUUCAUACAAAGAGACUCUAGACAAACUCCAUUACUAUGUAGACCGACUGUGGCUUUUGCUAUUAGUGAUCUUCCUGUUGGUUAUGAUAUGGCGAUAAAUGAAAGUAAUCAGGUGUACUUUCUUAAUCACCAGACACAAGAAACUACCUGGUUCGACCCUAGGAUACCAGAAAAGUUUCAGAACUGGGGCAUGACACCUGAAGAACUUGAACAGGUACAUAUACGCUACGCGAAGCAAUUUCUGUGCACAAAUCCAUCAGCAAAUCUGAAUGUAAAUAUUCAACAGGUUGAUCGAAUAUCUCCGUCACUUGUACCCAGUCCAACAGCAGGUGCUCCAGCUUCAUCACCAUCAGAGCAUUUGAAUAAAAGUCAAUCUGGUGCUCCAUCACCAAUGGUUUCUUCAUCUAUGCCACCGAAUUCAUCAACACCUGGACUUCCAUUACAUAAUCUAUCAUUGAAUUCAUCAUCUGCUAGUACAAAUGUUCCAAAUCGUUUAAGACCAACUAAAGCUGCAAAUAAUAACAACAACAACAGCAACAAUAAUAAUAACAUAACCAAUAAUGUUAGCAAUUCUGCUACAAAUAACAACAAUAAUAAUCAGUCUCUUGGAGUUGCUCAUAGAUCUCAUCCAAAUCAGUUACCUUAUUCUCAUCACCAACAUUCACAUCAAGCACGUGAACAACUACAAUCCUCCAAUGGUAUACAACACCAACGACAGCAUUCACAAGGUCUUCCUACACAAUCUCAACCUUCAAGUCAAUCACUUGUAACUCAUUUUCGUUCAUGUAGUCAACCGGUUUCCAUGUCUAGUGGUCGAGAUUGUAAUUCCACUACUGGCCUUAUCAGAAAUGCAAAUUCAUCAAGUGUAUCUACAGCGACAACAACAGUCACAGGAUCUCUUGGUCAAACUCAACUUCGACUUCCUGGAAGUCUGGGUGGUAUUUUAUCUUCUAGUUCCUCACUAACCGGUCUGAGUAUUCCAAACUCUAAUAUUGGCCAACAAGGUUCUGCUACCGGUUCGGUUAGCGCUUCUUCUGGUCAACUGGUUCAAGGACUUGAAUGCUUACGACUCAAUACAUCAGCUACUUCUACAAGUGUAUCACACAACUCCACUCAAGUGUUACUUGAUCAACAGCAAAUACCUAAACCACAAAGAGUUCAACAGCCGCAGUUCAUUUUAUCAGCCAAUUCUGGUAUAAUCUAUGGAUCAAAUAUCAAUCCAACUACAACACGAUUAGUUGGUACAGUUCUACCCGCUACUCCUCAAGCUGGUAAUCAGCAUUCACACCAAGGUAGUAUGGAUAGUGGAGUAGGUCAGUCAUUAACGGGUCAGUCGAAUCCUAGCGCUAAUCAAACUCCUGAACAUACCGUUAUGCUGUUUUGUGAUCCGAGCAUUGGUACAUGUGGUGCGGAGCAUAUGGAAGGAAUCGCUUAUCCAAAUGAGGAAUUGAUUUGUACAGGAUUCAGUGACUUCGAUAAUAUUGAUAUAUCAGAUAUGAGUACUUGAAUAUUGUUAUUCUCCAAUUCUCCAAAAUCAUCUAAUCAAAUAACUGACUGACUGAUUGACUGACUAACUGACCAAAUGACGGCUAGCUGAUUGAUUAGCCAGUUGAUCGACUGACAUCAUCAACUAGUCAAUGCCUCCUCUCCUCUAUUUUCCAUCUCUGUUGAGUCAAUCAAUCACUCAGUCGAACGGUAACAGCAUUUCGAUUUCUUAAUAAAUAUACAUGUCAUAUAAUCUUAAUAUACUACUUGUAACUAUCCUGUAUCUCUUUCCUAUAUUAAAAUAUGUAUAUGCAGGUUUAUAUGUGUGUGGAUCUGCCAAAUUACUCACUUCGUUACUUACUUACUUACUUACUUACUUAUCUGACUACCUACCUACCUACCUAUGUGCCUACUUACUUGCUUUACUGCAAAGAUAUAUAUAUAUAUAUAUAUAUAUACUCUAUCCCCUUAUAGUAAAAUGAGUUCCAGUUAUCAUAAAUGAAACGAACAACCUUAAUUUCACACGUAUGUCAUUUUCUUAUAGAUCCAUUUCAACAUUUAUAAACUGUCAUUGUUGAUCGAUGAAGAAUUCAGUGGUUUUUCUCUUCGUUGCCUUUUUGCUUCUACUUCCAAUGUCUUCCAACACUUAGUAUCCUUCCGUAAUGCUGCGCAUGUAUCUCAGUUUUAUUAUCCAGGGAAAAUUCUUUUUUUAACAAAACAGAUAAAAGUGUCCUUAUUGUUACUUAGCUGGUUAUUUUGUUUCUGUUUCGAAUUUAUUUUAUUCGUGGUCUGCUUUUUCUCUUCAUUUUGAUAAACAGAAUAUUAUGCAAUAGCAAAAUUGACAAAUAAGUCUUCCUUACUCUAUUCUAUUGAUGAAUGAUUACACGUUCACCGUAUUCAUUAAUCAUGUUGUGUAUAGUCUGUUAUCCAUUUGUGUCCAGUGGGAAUGUCAAUCAGACCAAUCCAGUGGACAUUAUGAAAUAAUAGUAAUUUAUAAUUAUAAUAUAGUAACUUUUUCUCGUUAUUUACUAAACUAUUCGAUUCAUAUUGUUUAAAAGUGAGGAACAAAUCUACUGGCAGUGAAUUUAAAUCAUUUCUCAUUAUUCAGAAAUAAAUUCUGUCAUAAGUGGAAAAGAAACAAAACAAAACAUAAUGUCAAGUAAAGUAACAAAUGAUAAAAUCAAGAAUUAAUACAAAUAACAACAAAAAAUAAGAAAGAAUUUCAGUAAUAUUAAAAACAAAAUCUUAGAAAUCGCAAAGUAUAUUUAUUUGGGAGUGUGAGUGUAUACGCUUGCUCCCUUAUGAGAAAUAAGUAAUACAAAACAAAGCAAAUAUGUCUUUCAUUCAGUCGACUCUGUCCUUUAUUACUUUUCUCUUUCUAUGCUUUUCUCAUUGAAAGAAAAUUUUCGCAAAGGACAACUUCAUAUUGAAGAUAAAUAUAACUUUAGUUGCUGCUCAGGUCUUGACGCAUAUAUAUAUAUAUAUAUAUAUAUAUAUAUAUAUAUAUAUAUAUAUAUAUAUGGUGUACUCUUUUCGUAAAUUAUUCACCGAUGAAGGCAAUGUCUUGCUGCUUUAUUUAUCAAGAUUACUGAACCUAAUAUACAUCGCAGUCUUAGUUCAUCUUGUUACUUCUUCUUCUUGUUGUUGAUUUGUUUAAAUGAGCUAAAGUCUUGGAUAACAGCAAUAACAUUGGUAAAAAUGCUGCUGUAACACAGGAACACAUAUACACACACACACAAAUUCUCUUAGAAUCGUAAUAAAUAACUCAUUUCAAGGGAAUACAUUAAGUGCCUGUUUAUCUCAUUGUCUCUUGCAUUAGCCACCUUUGAAAGUUAAUCAGCAAGUAAAACAAAAACAGCCAGUAGACUCAAAGGAUUUACUCUUAUCAGGAAGAGGAAAUUAAUUCUUAGAUAUGCCUUGUUAUCGUCUUCUAUAUUUUCU